ACUUCAUUGACGUCAAAGUAGUUCGGAGGAGGAAGAUAGACAGUGUGCAGUUUACAGUGAUGUUUGUAGUAAAUAUAACGUAUUGAUAAUGAGAGAAGAACUGUUCAGAUGUUGUAAACAAGGAAAUGCAACGCGAGUGAAGUACUUACUGGAAAACACUGACAUCAAUCCAAAUGUUAGAGACGAAUGGGAUAGUACGCCGUUAUAUUAUGCUUGUCUCUGUGGUCACAGUCAGGUGGUUGACUUGUUGUUAAUGAAUGGUGCUCAUUGUGAUGCCAAUACGUUUGAUGGAGAGCGUUGUGUUUAUGCAGCACUUACUGACGAAAUAUCUGAAAAGCUACGAAGUUACAGAGUUCUGUCCAGUCGUACGAUGCGACGUGAUUAUUAUGACGAAUUCUUACGCCGCCUGUUGCAGUGUAGUGAAUACAGCGAUGUAUCAUUUGUUGUUCACGACGAAGAGUUUCAUUUGCACAAAUGUAUACUUUCCUCAAGAUCAGCAUACUUUUGCGACAAGUUUAGAGCCAAAUGGCAAGAUCGACAAGUUGUGACUGUUAAGAACAGUUUAGUAAAGUCGAACGCUUUUAGAGCACUGAUACAAUACUUGUACACAGGACGUUUAGAAACCCACCUGGACUCUGUGGAUGAUUGUAUUCUUCUGAGUUCCAAUUGCAAGCUGUUUGUCCUGGAAGAAGAGCUGAAGAAAGCACUUAGAAAAGUUACUUCAUCUGAAUAUGUCAAACCAGGUAUGCAUGUCAAAGUUAUUGUGUUAGAAUCGUCUGAGCUUACCGGUCAACUUCAAGAAGACUUUGGAAGAAUGGCUGAUGACGUUGUAAGUUGUUAUGAACCGCAAAACUUUGCUGAUUUGUGUUUAUACGUUGACGGGCGUUCAUUUUAUUGCCAUAAAUUGUUUGUUUGUGGCCGGAGUGAGUAUUUUAGCACCUUAGUGAGAAAGGAUCAUUUCAACGAAGUGAAUAUUGAUACCGAGUUUGAUGUUCCAGUGAUAAGAAUUAAUGGAGUGCCUGUGGAAGUCCUUGCAGCAGUAUUGUAUUAUAUAUAUACCAAUGCUGUCAAUGUUCCUCCAGACCUUUUAUUGGAUCUUCUACAUGCUGCGGACAUGUAUUUGCUACCAGGUCUAAAAAAGUCUUGUGCAGCAUUGUUGGGUCAGUAUUUGAACACAGAAAGUGUGAUCGCAUACUUACACACAGCACGUUUGCUUGGCUUACCACAACUUGAAGACCAGUGUGCAAAAUUCAUUGCACAGAACAUUUACACAAUGCGGAAUAAUAAAUCAUUACAUCAGAUGAUUUUACAAGAUGCAAUGGAUAUUCAACAUCGACAAGAGACGGACAGUAUUUCUAUUGUUGAUGAUAUCAGGUACCAUAUCACCUCACACAUUGCCAGUAUCAGUGAAACAAUUGAAGCAAAUAACAAGUUGAAGGAAAUUGAUGAAUUGCUUGAAACCUUGGGGCUGGAUGCAUAAUCAAAGUCAUUGUUAUCAACUGUAUCUCUUGUUUUGUUUGUUGAUUUUUAUUUUAUAAAACAUGUUGACAUUUUUAACUUGAAAUAAACUAAUGUGGAUCAGUCAAGCUUUUCAUCUAAAUCCUAGCAGAUGUGGAUAAAUUGAUUCCAUCACCCUGUUUUAAGUAUUCUGCAAAGCGUUCCAGAAAAAGUGGGAUGCUCAUUAUAUAGUUUCCUUUAACUUUCAUUUGCUUGAAAUUUUCAGUGUACUGGUUAUAAACUGCCUGUAAUUCAAUGCAGUGAUGAUUCCUUUAAAUUUCUCAGCAUUCUACAAUUAAUAUCUUGGGUCAAGAGGAAUAUUCAAUACGAGUCAGCUUUGGCCAGUGAGAUAAUGUUAAUGGCUGAGACUGUGAAGGCACGUUUUGGUGUGUAUAUUCAGUUUUGUUGUUAGUUGGUAAAGCGAAUGAAUGUAGAGAGGGGGUGUGGGGGGCACGCAACCCUGGUUGUGUUGACAGACUGAUCUGUACCUUUGCCCAAGGUCUAGGUUAAGUUGGAAGAUAACAGUGUGGUUGAGAGUUGGUGAAGCCAGCAAAUGUUAAAAAGAAUCUGGUUGUGUUGGCAGAAUGAAUCGUAGAUUAGCCCAUUCGAAAACAAUCGCAACUGAUAUAACGUUAUAGUCACCACGUUGUUUAUGCUGUUUGUUGCAUGUUUCCUGCAUCACUGGUCAUGACUUUAUUCCAUAUAUCUAACACACAGCUACAGCUGUACAGAAUUGAAUGUUUGCUGUAACAACAACCAACUGAAUCACAUCACAUAAGUGCAAAGACUAAGAAGUUAGAAGAAAUAAUCUGAACAUUUUCGAUAGAAACUUUUUCCAUAGCAGAUCACCACCUCCAAUAAUUUUUAUGUUGUGAUCAAAUUCUUCAUAAAAAAAUUCACCAAUCUUGAUUUUGACAUGUCUGAUGACAUACCUAGUAAUUCUCCCAUGUUAUUUUUCACCACCUGUACUUUUCACAAGUUGAAAAUUAUUUGUCACCUCAUUAUAAUUUCAGUGGCUUAUGUGAAGCUGUUACCGUGCACACCCCAAAACUUUCAACGGACAAUAUCUUGUAACCUGUAUCCCAUUAAGUUUUACUGAUAUACAGCAAAACCAGUUUCCCCAACUCCUAUGCCAUUUCGUGUCUGUCAGUAGUAGACAUGUGGCUUUAAAUGGGCUGCUUGUUGGCGAGAUCAGGUAGGAAUGCAUUAUUUUGGUUUGAAAAACAGUUGGUACAGUCAAUUUGCACAAAAAUUUGCUGUUUUGUAAAGUUCGUUUUUUAAUUCCAUGUCUAUCUAAUUGUGCCUCCUGCUAUUAGCAAUAUUGUUUGUAGCCUAUAGUGAAUGUUUGUAGCAAUGUUGUUUCAUGUGUUGGUAAACAAGUAGAAAAUUUACAUGCACACACCUCUUUCUGCCAUUGCUGCACUUAAAUGGAUUUGGAUCUGUUACAACCUUUCUAGCAUGUCUCUCAACUGAUACGAAUUAUGGUAUGUCGUGGAAAUAACUGUAACACAUGUAAUGAAAAAAUAAUAAUUUUUCUUGAUUUUAAAUAGUGAAAAAUCAGGGAUGAAAUAACAACCAUGUGAAACAGGAUAGAUUGCUACUCACCACAUGAUGUUGAGGGACAUGUGCACAAGUAAAGGAGGCUGAGCUUCUGUUGGACAAAGCCAUUCUUUAGAGGUAAAAAAACAGUCGGGCCAUCACACGAAGGGAUGAAAGAUGCAAUUGUUGUAUCACAAUAAAGCAAAGUGGACUUAUAGAAUGUGAUAUUGGAUCCUCUCUGAAAUCUUGGUUGUGGUGGCAGACCAAUCUGUAGCAUAGCCUGAAUUUCAAAUAGCAUAGCCUAAUGUUUACAUUGACACCAUAUUUAAUACAAUAUUUUGAUGCAUAUUAUAUACACACAUCAAGGAUAAACUAUUGAAAACCAAGCAGGGGGUUCUCUUCGUAGUUUUUUACUUGUAAAGUGCCCUGCUAUUUUGUGGCCUAAUUAAAUCAUAUCAGAUCAGUGAUGCUGUGUGAAAUGCAUACAAGAGAUUUGUAUGCAAUUCAAAGAUGGUAGAAAAACAAGAACAAUAAAACAGACUAUAAAUUAAGAAAUGUAAAUACGCAACAAAAGGAUUGAAAGGAGGACAAAAAUGCUUGUAAGAGAUAAGCUGACCUCAGUCUGGAUGUUGAUUUUUAACAUUGUAUUGCUUUCUUAAGAAUAGAAUUUCCCUUGCUUCUUGAUCUUUGAAUUUACUUACGUAAUCAUCUACAAUGCGAAGUGUAAUCCAAACCACCAUGCAGCUUGAUGUGUUUCACUUGCACCAAGCAUUGCCAUAGGUGAAAGAAGUAAUACAUGUCAGAAAUAUACCAGGUGUGCAUUCUGACCAUGAUGGGCCAUCCAGUGCUUACUGGCUACUGUGUCAUCGUCUGCUUUGUGGCAUCAGUUGGAUGCAGUAUGGAGGGGCGUCAGGUUCCCACAAAAAAAAAAAUAGUGGUUUUCUGCUAUCGCACAUACAGCAGUUUAGUGUUUUAUAUUCCUCCUGUUUUAUUGGUAAUUUGCUUGUGUAAAGAUCAUUUUACAGUGGUGUAGAUCCAAUCAACUUCAACAACACAAACAUAAGUCGUAUAUACAUACGUGUUAAACAAGAAUAGGAGAGGAUAGGUAGUGAACAGCUUAUAGGAUAUUGUUUUUUAUACACUGUUUACAAAGAUGAGACAGCAAUCUCAAAGAAAUGGCACUGUAAAUGGAUAUUUUAAAUUUUUUAUCCACACUGAUUUACAAAUGCGCACCCUUAACUCUACUAUGUUACAAGAUAACUUCAUCUCAAACCUUGUCUUACAGCGAGAUUAAAAGGUGAACACUGGCUAGUACUAUGUGAAAGAUAUACAGUUUCCUGAACAAUUUUUUUAAGAGAAUUAUGUAUACUUAUACCAUAACUUAAGUGCUUCCGGAGACCACAAAACAAGAUGAAGUACAGUGAUAAUGUCUGCUCUAAGAGGUGCACUACUAAUAUUGUGAGACAUGAUACGAUGACGUGGAUACAAGAUAUGCCAGAAACCUUGCCAUAGAUAUGGUCAGCAUGUGACAUGUGGGUGUUUCUCUGUCCAUGGCAUGUAGAACAUCAGUAGUGUGUGUGCUCUGUUUAGCACUCACCUUUCUUGUUGCCUUGCAGUCUUUCAGAAAAACUCGUAUUGUGCAAUGCCUGAGAGGAUGUGUAAUUUAUUGAUGUUUGAAGUCUUGGAACUUCCUAAUAGAAUAAAUUUUGGAGACAUGAACUUACUUUUUGUGGGAAAAAUGUGUCUCCAUGAGCUUGUUUUAUUGAGCUGACAAGAGCAAAAACUGUUUGAAUUUGCAUCCAGAUGAAGAUAACUACAAAAUGUUGUUGCAUGCAAUCUCAUCUCGUAGUAUUACUUUAAUGGUGAGAACACUGUUGUGUAGGCAUUAAUAUCUGUUUUUGCAAGUGCACUUGAAAAUGUAAAAUUGGCACAAAUUCUGAAGCCAUCACAAAAGCAGCAAGGAGAUACAUCAGGCUUUUAUGUAAAAAAAAAUAUUGAGAUA